AUGGUGGAUGAAGCUUGGAGUCUUUUAAAUGAAAUGCAUUCCAAAAAGAUAAUUGCUGAUACAAUAUGCUACAAUUCUCUUAUUGAUGGUUUGUGCAAAUUAGGAAGAUCCUUUGAUGCCUGGAAGCUUGUUAAUGAGAUGAAUCAUAGAGAACAGGGUAUUCAGCCUAAUAUGUACACAUACACUGUACUUAUGGAUGGACUAUGCAAAGUAGGCAGACUUAAGGAUGCUCAGGAGAUUUUUCAGGAUAUUUUGAUUAAAGGCUACAAUUUAAAUGUCCGGACAUAUUCAGUUAUGAUUAAUGGGUAUUGUAAAGAGGGUUUGUUUGAUGAAGCAUUGAUAUUGAUGUCAAAAAUGGAAAGCAGCGGUUGUAUUCCUGAUGCUGUAACUUAUGGAAUAAUUAUUCGUGCUUUGUUUAAAAAAGGUGAGAAUGAGAAGGCAGAGAAGCUUCUUCGUGAAAUGGUUGCUAGAAGUCUACAUUAA